CAAGCGCAGGCAGCAGAGCUCUCCGGGGACGGCUUGCGUGCUCUGGGCACAGUCGGGGCGGGGUUUCCCUAUCAGGUGUGUGUGAGAGGUCACGGGAAGCGGCUCCCUCAGCAGCGACGCUCCCGGUUCCCAGGCCUCCCCCAUCUCCCCGGGACCCCGCCACGGGCAGGACUGCCAUCAGCAGCACCGAUUCCCUGCGCACCCUUACCCGUCACCAUGUCCACGGGAGGAGACUUUGGGAACCCGCUUAGGAAAUUCAAGCUGGUCUUCCUGGGAGAGCAAAGCGUUGGAAAGACCUCCUUAAUCACACGAUUCAUGUAUGACAGCUUCGACAACACCUACCAGGCAACCAUCGGUAUAGACUUCUUAUCAAAGACCAUGUAUCUAGAGGACAGAACAGUCCGGCUGCAGUUGUGGGACACAGCAGGUCAGGAACGCUUCAGGAGUUUGAUCCCUAGCUACAUUCGUGACUCCACAGUGGCAGUUGUUGUUUAUGAUAUCACAAAUGUGAACUCGUUCCAGCAAACGACAAAAUGGAUCGAUGACGUCCGGACGGAGAGGGGAAGCGACGUCAUCAUCAUGCUCGUGGGGAAUAAAACAGAUCUAGCGGACAAAAGGCAAGUGUCCAUUGAGGAGGGUGAAAGGAAAGCCAAGGAGCUGAAUGUAAUGUUCAUCGAGACUAGCGCCAAAGCCGGAUAUAAUGUAAAACAGCUCUUCAGACGCGUGGCAGCUGCUCUCCCCGGCAUGGAAAGCUCACAGGACAAAAGCAGAGAAGACAUGAUUGACAUUAAACUGGAAAAGCCUCACGAAGCUCCGGUCAGCGAAGGCGGCUGCUCCUGUUAAGACCACCCGCCCUCCCACCCCCCCCCCCCCCCAAUCCCACCCCAGAUUCCUCCGUCUCUCCUCCCCCAUUAACCUGAGUGUGAAUAUCGGCUCGACUCCUCUCCUGUCCAUGGCUGGUUGUCUGGUGACUCUAUGAACAAUUAGCUCCACAGGCUCAUUAAUAUAUAUAUAAAUAUAUACAAUGUCUUCAUUAUUUAAAUGAACCAGAAAAUGAUAUAAGGAAAAAACACAAACCUGCCUGUUGUUGUUCUGUACUAAAGCCGCAGUUCACAUCUGCAAGGGGGGUGGAGGGGGGGGUUUACAGCCUCGCGGGACAACAGGGGGUUUAUAUGUCUGUUCUGAUGCACUGUGACUCCUGUGCCGACGGCGCCCACGGAAACCUACCUGUUGGAAUGCCUAUACAGGGUGCCGAUCGCAUACUCGUAACACUUUAUGGAAGUAGCCAUUCUGUGGCACGAGGGGCGAGUGGCCUCAUGCCUCCGGGCGGUCGCUAGUGCCUGGUGAAUUGAUAGGCCGUCUCCCUAAUCGGCAUGGCUGCCUCUACUGUGUGGAAUUGAUUGGAACCCCCCUCUUAAUCUAAGCAAAGUAUUAAGCUGUGGUCAUACUCGCCACUGUUUUAUAUAGCGGCACGUUCCUGCUUACACGGUGUGAACUGCAGCUUUAAAUGGUUUUCCUUUUUAUUAACAGUUAUUUUUUUUUUUUUUUUAAUAAAGUAUAAAUAAUGCACUUUGUAAUGUCGCAGAGCGGAAUGGGUAAGAGUCAUUGUGUAUCACUGAGCACCGGGAGCAGCCAAUCAGACACUGUAUAGAAAUAAACAGCGGCCCUGGUUGGGGGACGGCUCUUCCCUCUCUGAUAUUGUGUGGGGUGUGGGUCUUGCUCUCUUGGGGGUGGUGGCUCUGGGAUUUCAGACGGGUCACACUUCCGUCCUGUGUAAUAGCACAUUAAUACUCUGCUGCGUGCAAGUGGACCGGCAGCUCCGGACUGAGACUAUUAUAACACGAAGGACAUCAAUGACUGUAUAUUAUUUCUCUCUAUUGAUAAAAAUCCAGAUUUUUUUUUCUCUCA